AUGAUAUUGAUUUUUAAGGAUUAUUUCCACAUUCUUCUCUCUGAAGACACACAAGGCAGGUGCUAUCUGAAGCUGAUGCAUGCUGGAGCCACUCUAGAGGACAGGUGGAGUCUUGCUGAUGUUGGAAUAUCUUUCUGUUCAACUCUCAAAUGCUUUAUUAAGGAAGAAGACAAGCCUACUCUCUAUGUGUUCAAUGCUGUAACCUAAGAGACAAUGUCGAUAAUGGAGAGCAUUUCCCUUCUUGAUAGAAAAGUGUCUGAUCUGAGAACUAGAACACUGGUAACUCUGAGAUGUGGCUUCCCUGUGAGUGUCUACUGUCUAUGGACCCCAAAGGGACUGGAGAUGUAUGACUGCAACACCCUCAGGGACUACCAGACUGAUAUCAGUGCAACACUUCACUUGGACGUCUGGGACGGAUGGAAGGAAUUCCUGACGGGCUGUCUCCUUGGACAAAAACUUAAAGUCCAACACUAGUUAUCAAAAGAAGGACCACCAUCACCAGUCACCCAACUUAUGCCUUACAGAGUGCUGGAAAGACAGUCAGAAGGCCAGUGUGACUCCAAUACAGUGAAAGAGGAAGAGAGUGGUAGGAAGUAUCAGAAAAAGGUAGCCUUGUACAUUGUCGCCUUUUACGGGUACAUCGAACUCACUGAAUGGGCCCUGAAGCAGGGUGUGCAGCCCCACGAGGCAGUUGUUGUUCACCCCUGUAGAGCAUGGUGCUAUGAAGCCCUUCAUGCAGAUGUCUCUAAAUGCCCCAUUCAUGCAGCUGCAGAAGCAGGCCAACUGUUGAUUCUGAAGGCCUUUGUCAACUGCAGCAUGCUGUGCCUGGAAUGCAAAAAUGCCACGGGACAAACUCCCCUGACCAUCGUGUUCAAACACAAGCAUAAAGACUGUGUAUUAUAUUUGCUCAGGAAAAUGUGGUCCACGGUAUCUUUUCUGAAGAUUUCAGUGUCGAUGAGGAUUUAUAUUAAAAUUAGAGUCCUCAGAGCUCAGAGACAUAGCCUUCAUAAAAGCUAGCUUGGCAGAGCAAGAGUCUCUGGGGCAAAAGUUAGAGACACUGUGAUGGUAGAUGGUUUCACCAAACCAAAAAUGACCUCCAAGACCUGGCAUAAGGCUGGUAACAAGGACUCACAAAGUACCUUGAGCAAGCCACUGCUGCUCAGUGAACAAAGUGCCAGCAAGAAACCUGUCAACCAUUAGUCAGUUUCGCAGCUGGACACAGGAGAACAAACCCUCAAAUUGCCUCCACUGGUAGAUGCAAAUACAUUCUCUGAGUUACAAAGACAACAACAACAAAAUCAGAAAAAAAAUACUACCACAGCUAGGAAAAAAGAAAAGUUCAUAAAAAAUACUUAUCUCCCCCAAGUCCCGCUCCCUCCAGUUUCAAGAGUGGGAUACGCACAUCCAUCCUUUCACUAUGCAACACCCAGUGCUGACUUUUUACUAACAUCCUCCCUGGCAUCUUUCUCAGAGCACAGUGGGAGGACUCCAAGGGAGAAUGCAAUCAACUGCUUAGCUGUGGCAAGUGCCUUUAAAGAGAAACGAUAGCUUCAGCAGUUAGAAAUAGCAAGAGUCCUGGCCAAAAAGAGCAUUUCUAACCGGACUACCCAAGGAAGGCUGACAGCAUGUGAAAACCCUCAGAAAUCGUGCACUGAAAAGUCGUAA